AUGGAGAGUAUAAUAGGAACAGGUACUAAAGAUACAGAAACAAGCAAUGAAACAGUAUCAACCACGAAAGAAGCACCUUCUUCAGAAAAAGAAACAUUUACUAAAGAUAAAGAGCCAGUAACUAACGCGAAAGAAACAGAAACGUCUACCAAAGAAACAGAUAAAGUUACCGCUGAAACGUCCACUAAAGUAGCAGACGCAGUUAAUAACGAAACAGAAAUGCCCACUAAAGUAGCAGACACAGUUAAUAACGAAACAGAAAUGCCCACUAAAGUAGCAGACACAGUUAAUAACGAAACAGAAAUGCCCACUAAAGUAGCAGACACAGUUAAUAACGAAACAGAAAUGCCCACUAAAGUAGCAGACACAGUUACUGAAGAUAUUGAAAUAUGUUCGAAAGCAACAGAAACAUCUGUUUCAGAAACACAAACAGCCAUUAAAGAACGAGAAGCAGCUGAUUCAGAAACAGAAACAGAUACAGAUACGUCCGAAACAGAAACAGAACCAGAAACGCCAUGGUCAAACCCGGACACCAGUUCUUCCACCCCUCGUAAAAAAAAUACUGUCAGCAAUUGUGAAAUUUUGGCACAAAUGAAAAACCGCCACGAAGAAAUUAUUUUGAACUCUAGAUUGCGUUCACUUCAGACAAAACAAGGUCGUAAAGAAGAUUCGUUAACGCGGACAAAGAAGCAGCUAAUCGAGACUAUGAAAAAAUCGAAACGAACAUCCGGUUCGAGUCCAGAUCCUUUUGUCUCAGUCGAAAAAGUGACUCCUUUAAUCUACAAAUAUUAUCAGGCACCUUGGGCUUAUUCUUUUAAUGAUGCAACACAUAACUCGCUGUAUAAAGAAAUAGAACAACUUCCCAAGAGAAGUAUCAAAAGGAACAGCCGACAAUCUACUUCUCGUCCUGCAGUUAAAUCUGCCCCAUUUCAUCAAAGAACUGUACCUUCUUUGAUAGAGCGCAGCAGUACAGCAUCAAAUAUCGAUCUUAAUGGCAAUUCUAAUGAAACGCCAACAUUUUUGCGAUCAAGUCGUAAACCAAUAAUGCGACCGCAUUCGUGUGCGUUGCCAACAAAGACUAGAGAUAUAGUUGACAAAGGCAGUGUGCACUUUAAUGAGGAAACGGUCCGGCCCCAUACUUGUAAAAAUGACAGUAGAAUGACACAUCGACAGGUGGAAAGGAAACAAAGCUGGAUUAAACCUAUAAAUAGAGCUAAUUCCAAUUCGAUUAUAGACACUCGAUCAGAGGAAGAUAACAAUGAAACGACUGAUGAUGAAUUUGUUAGUAAAUAUUUAGGUAAUUCAGAGAAAGUGAAUCGUUACAGAUAUCUUAAUCGCAAGAAGGAUGGUUUGUCUCAAGUUAUAUUCCGAGGACAAAAACUCAAGAACUAUAUCAGGCCACAGGAUCGAUAUAAAAGGGAUCCUUUAAAUCUCGUCAAAAGAGAGAAGAUGGUGAUGAAGCUGUCUAUGACAGAUUCUGAAUCGUUAGAAGAGUCUCGAAAAGCUGCUCUUAAAGCUGGCGAAGCGUUCCCUAAAGCGGCUCGUUUGAGAAUGUUGAACGAACUUAUAGCAAGUAACAAUAAUAAAUCUGGGGGCCCUCAUUUAGAUUAUAAUAUCGAACUACAAGCCAGAAUAGAACAUUUUCUCCACUCUAUUGAUGACUUUUGUGAAUCACGGAGCACGGGUUCAUACGGUACAAAAGCCGGAAGUGUUAAUUCUUAA